AUGGGUAUCCGGGCAUCCCGACGCUUCUCCCGCUCCCAACCGUCCAGCAUCACAGCGGUGGGAAACCUCACCUGGUCAUUGGUAGGGCCGGGAAGCGAACACUUGCUUCAAGAACUGGAGAAUUUCUAUUGGCAAGGCGUCAAGGCCGAGCUCGAGAACAUUAUGCGCACCCUGAAGGCAUGGCAAGAGCCAGACCUUACCGACGUGGCCAUCGAUGAUGAAGACGACAAUCAUAUUCAUGGUUUCGAUACGUUUAUCGACCAGGUCAGCCGGGAAGCCCGACAGUAUGCGAACCACCAGAGGAAAAAGAGAGAAUCAAAGUCAUUCAUGCCCCAGCUCCAGACGGCAUCCAACAAUGCAAGCCCAAAGGAUUAUAGAAUCAAGAAAGUGGAGUACUAUAGAGACAAGAUUAAGUCCGAAGUAAAGAAGGCGAUUGAUGAUACCCCGAAGCUCAAAGGCAUGCAGCAGAGAGCAUGGAUACUUUUGCAAAACGCCGGUUUUCUCGACUUGGAAAAACUAAUUGAACAUCGACCACCACUCGAUAAACUAGGCUUCUGGAAUAGACCAGCUAUUCCCCAACUUACGUUCUCUAAACUUGACAAAAAGUCGAUGCCGAAAUUUGAGCCACUCCGCUGCGCGCGGUCAAGUUGUAAAAACGUCAUAUGCGGGAGCAUGUUCACCUGCAAUACUCCAGCCGAGAGUGGGGUGGUUUGUGAGAGUUGCUACCGCCUUUACUAUUACGGCGACGAGUCUUACUCAAAGGUUUACAAGCACAGUAUUCUUUCUGAGGCCAUCACCUCGGACAUAAGCAUGCAGAUGUGCGGCUGCAAGCUUCCCACAAAGUUUGACGAACCUGGGAGGCCAAUCAGUCUCUUCCCAAUUAACAGGAAUGACAGCCACAUCAUAGGAGGACAGAUGAGAUGCAACCUGCUCAAGUUACGUGAGCUUGUCGCCCUGGCCAAGUAUCAGGGCCUGAUGGCUGCUGGGAGGGCGAAAGAGCCAAGCAAAUUUACCAAAAUGGCCUCAAGGCUUGUAACGGGAAAGAAGAAGCCGCAGAAGGCCGGCUCAGACUCACUGAAUUUGCCAAGAACUAAGGAUGAUCUAGCCUAUGCCCAGGCACAGGCUGACACAGACAUUCCGCGAUUCCUUAGGAAGCACGCGCAGAAAUACCCAUUCGGCAAUGUGCACAUGGCUCUCCGUGUCGGACCUUUGAUUAUCGAGAACGGGGUAUCUCAAUCAAAAGGCGGUGCACACAUCACCUUACGAGAGUUACCCGUCUUUCACCAACGGUUCCACAUCAAAACACAAAGGGACCAAAGCCUUGCCGUCGACGGAUCUCCAGACCGGAAUUUGUGGAGGCGCAAAAACAAAACCGCAAACCAGAAAAGAUACAAGGCCAUCAUGAAACAGGUGGUAGGCGUACCCUUCAGCGGUGUUCUUCCCCACGACGCGGAACUGCAGAUUGUGAAUGACCUCCUCGCGGCGAGUAAAGCACCGUUUGACAACCCAGAUUUGUCGGAAUCCGAUCAGGAUGCAAUCCUAGACUCUGCCCUCGAACCAAUACUGCAGCAACUCAAAACUCUUAUCCAAACUCGGGUUAGGGUCUACUUGCAAAGCAUUGCGCAGCGGCUCUUGGAUCCAGUAAAUGACAUCACAUGGAGCAUCACCGAGAAUAACUGCCAGAAGUUUUGCGACUCCAUCAUCGACCAAAAUCUCUUCAAAUAUCUUGUCAAUGGACCUGGACAACUGACCCAAGUUGACGGUCCAUUAUACACUAUGAGUUUCAUCUGCCCGGAUGAAGGAUACACGAACCAAGACGUCAGGAGCCAGUUUGAUGUCCCAAAAGGACUCACCGAGGAGUAUCUUCUCCGAUUCCGCUUCGGCCGUUAUGACGAGGCUGAUAUUAUCGACACAUACCAAGAGUACUGGCACGACUGGGGCGCUUUCGGUGGAUCCAUAUACCCAUACCAGGAUCUAUUCCCCUGGGAUUGCACCGAAGCAUAUAGGAAAUGUCGCACCCGGUGUGGGGAGUGCAACCUAUCCAAGCAUGUCUGGGCCUUUCCGUUUGAUUCGUGGUCCAUUACAGCACUUCACCUGGCGCGCGACUCGCAUAUGUACGCACCAGCGAGCGUGGCUGGUGAAACAGGACUGCACGCAAGCACACAAUCAUGGCUCAAGAACCGACUACAGGUACUUACAGCAGCAUCAAUUCUUCACAGGGUGGCCGCUGCCAUGGCAAAUUCCCGAUCGUUUUGCAGGGCCACGGCGUGGCUGGCGUGGCUGGACGAGGAAGAGCUGCGAGAUCAAAGCCUGUCCCUGAUUCGGGUGAAGUUGGGGGGUAUUCACCGCGCCCAACCGUACAGCCAUUACUUUGAAGCUGGAAAGGGAGUCGACUACUGGAUCGCACCAUGGGCGCUCCAGCCCCGAUCUGAACAAAUCAGGGCGUACGAAAAGCUGCGUGAUGAACGCAUGCAGCUCGCUACUAUGGCGCCCCGAUUGGGCUUGUUUGCGACUUCCGAUCAGGAUAAUAGUGACGAUGGUCCAGUGGUCAAUGACAGUCUAAAUGCUGUAGCAUUCAUGGCUGAUGUUGAGGACAUUGAUGGAACAGAUUCAGGCAGUCAAGAUGCGACGGGGCCACUUGGAUACUUUCUCGAUGGGUUGCAUGCGCAAGGUGAUGCAGACUCUACUCAGCCUAACAGCGGCCCCAAUCAUGCAGUCUAUACCUCUGGUAGUGGUAGUUGGUUUGGUUCACUUCUCGAUGGCCACAGUGGCGGAGGCUCGACACCUCAUCCCUCCCAGCAGGACCAUAGCCCUGCGCAUGUUGCAUACUUGGUAGGAUGA